AUGGAGGAGCUGACUUCGGCACCGGAAUCAUUGCCCUUGACACCGUCAAGGUCGCCGUUACCUGUGGCACCGCCGCUCGCUCCGUCUCCCGUCGUUGAAAGAAACGGUUCGGCAUCUGAUGCUUCUCAUUAUAGAUCCGAUGAACAGCAGCGAGAUAAUCGAUACGGAAAAUAUAGCAAUUUGGAAUCCUUGGCAAGUUCAAUAGAUGCCAAUGAUGAUCGUCGACCAACUGGGGAAACGACUCCCCUGAAUGUAAAUGGCAGGCGCCCUAACUUCUCUUCCCGCGGCGUUUCUUCUCCUCAAUUUUCUGAUACUCGGAUACCAUCAUCACAUACGAAAGUAUCCUCCAAUCCAAUUUCCCCCAAGCGCAAGCCAGUCCCGUCUGGCGCCCGCCCUGAACACCUGGAUACCAACCUGCCAAAAUCAGCAACUCCCGCGGGGAAGUCGUCUUCACUCGAUCCUCCACCAUCUCCAAUUCCGCAAUCUAUUCCACUUCCACCUAUGUCGAUACCCACAUAUUUGCAACUUGAACUCUCCUCGUCUAUGCCAUCACCACUGUAUAUAUACCGUUCGUCGACGAGCGAUAAUGUCUACGAAUCUUCAAAAAUCAAAUUUGAGCGUUUACUGAAUUUUCUUCUAUUGCCACCGCAGCUGGAGCAGGUCCUUGUUUUUGGUUCAUUUGCAUGUUUAGACGCAUGGCUUUACACUUUCACCAUAUUACCACUUCGGUUCCUGAAAGCUGCUUCUAUUCUAAUUCAGUGGUGGGGACAGGCUCUUGCUAAGGAAAUACAAUUCAUAUCCGGUUUCAUCUAUCAUGGAUUGGGGCGAAUGUGGCAUCGUCAGCGUGGACGGGCAGAGAUCACCGACUCUGCACCACAAUCCAGAAACGUCUCGCAAGCCAGCCAACCUCAUGCUUCAGCCACGUCACAUCAACCUCAAUCUGGUGGAACACUCAAAAGCUCUAACGGAAAUACCUUCGCCGAAAACUUGAAAUCCGAAGUUGAGUAUAAGUCGAGACAAGGAUGGGGUCGUAGACAUCGGCGAACAAGAUCACAGCCGUCAUCUCUAUCGUCAAAUCACAAGGCUGAUCUCCUUCAGGGAGCUGUUAUCAUUUGCAGCUGUAUCAUCUUGAUGAAGCUUGACGCCAGCCGAAUGUAUCAUAGCAUCAGAGGUCAAGCAACGAUCAAACUUUACGUGAUUUACAACGUACUGGAGGUUUGCGACAAGCUUUUUUCCGCCCUUGGGCAAGACAUAUUUGAAUGUCUUUUUUCUGUCGAGACACUGGGGCGAGACCUUCACGGCCGAAGCAAAGUAAUUCGACCUCUCGGGAUGUUCAUUCUUGCCCUCAUAUACAACGUCAUUCACGCCACAGCAUUAUUCUAUCAAGUCGUUACGCUGAAUGUGGCGGUCAACUCCUACUCGAACGCGCUGCUGACCCUUCUGAUGUCGAAUCAAUUCGUUGAAAUCAAAUCGUCUGUGUUUAAAAAGAUCGAGAAGGACAAUCUCUUCCAACUCACGUGUGCGGACGUGGUUGAGCGUUUUCAAUUGUGGCUGAUGUUGAUGAUUAUCGCUUUACGGAAUAUCGUGGAAGUUGGUGGGUUAAGCAUUGUCAACAAUGGAAUCAGCGGUGCCGAAUUCGUGAAGGAAUCCGUUCCGAUUCGUACCAACUCGAUACUCCCAGUGAGCUUUACAAUAUUACCUAGCUGGGCAGGUGAGGUUUUAUCGCCAUUCCUUCUAGUUAUUGGUAGCGAAAUGCUGGUGGAUUGGGUCAAACACGCAUACAUUAACAAGUUCAACAACGUUAAACCAGCUAUCUACCAACGCUAUCUUGAUAUUUUGGGCAAGGAUUACUAUACCAAUGCUUUCGUGAAUCAAAAUCUAGUCAAACGACUGGGCCUACCCGUCAUUCCCCUGUCAUGCCUCUUUAUUCGAUCCUCAGUCCAAACUUACCACAUGUUUCUCGCCACCAACCUCCCAGCACCCAUCCCCUCCACCGCGACCGAACUAUCUGCAACCGCCUCUCCCGCCACGACCGCAGCACUCGAACACUUCGACAAUAUAAUACGCAAAGCGCUCGGGCGCUCUGCAUUAGGGAUUCCCGACCCCGCUUCCACAACUCCCUGGUACCUCCCCAGUGCCGAUGAUGCAAUCGCCGCUGUCGCCAUGCUGGUCUUCUUCCUGGGCGCCUUCUUCGUCCUGCUCGCCUGCAAGCUAGUCCUCGGCAUGCUUUUGCUGCGAUUCGCGCGCAACCGGUACCGCAACAUGAAGAACAAGGAGCACGCCAGUUACGAUACAGGCGGCAGGAGGCUUGGCGGUUGGGGCAUGGUGGAAGUCGAUGAGGCGAAACGACGAUGGAUCUAUGAUGAUGACCCGGAGGCGCUCAGGAAAUUGCGGGAGAAGGAACGGGCGUAUAAGGAAAAGCAGGACAAAGAGGGUCCGGCAGGACAGGAUUUCGGGAAGAUCAGCCGCUAUGAGAUGGUGAAGAGGAUCUGGUAA